GCUAAACAUGCGGUUAUAGGCUUAUAGCCUCUUCUUUAUUCAGACCUGCCGUUUACUCCCAUAGUCCUCCUAUACAGCACUCUAGAACGGCAAAACACAGAGAUGUCGAUUCUAUGGGAGAAGAGCCAGACAUGGAGGUGGUUAGUUAUGAAGACCAGGGAUUCCAAGUCCUUCUUCUUCACAUUCGCCACCGUGUGCGGCGUCAUUCCGGGCCUUAUUGGAUACACCGUCAUGCAGCUUACCAACUCCCGCAAUCCUGAUCUCGAAGCCCAGCUCCGCCGCGAUGCUCGCCCCGAAAGCCUCAUGAUGGGAAAAGUUAAUAAAGAAAGGCUAGCAGAGUAUCUUGGGGAGCUGCAAAGGAAGGAGAAUACAAAUGACAGAUAUGUUGCUGCUUUAAAAGGCGAGACAUUGACCAGAAACCCCUAUGUGAGAAUUCAACCAGUUCCUACGGCUACCACUGAGGACAAAGUUAACAAGGGGAAGUAAGUAGAUCAAUUUGAUGUCAUCAUUCUUGAAGUUCCAAAAGGAGAUAAGUAGUUAUAUGCAUUAUAUAUUGUUGUUUCAAGGAAUUAUGACUUCUGUUUUUAUAUAGUAUUCAAAAAACAAGUUUAUAGAAAGGCUGGUUUGGUUUUAUUAUUAGUAAUGUGGUGUGUUUAACUGU